AUGCUGCGCACCGUCAUCACGACUGAUAUGGAGCAGGACGACCUCGCCUCGCUCAUCCGGUACCUACUCUACACCAAUGAACUCGAUACACAGGGCAUCAUCUACAGCUCCAGCCGCUUUCACUGGGCCGGUGACGGCAAUGGCACGAAGUUCUUCUUGCCCGACCGCGAGUAUACCUCCCCACAGUGGACAUGGCGCUGGACGGGGACGCGGACUAUCCAAGAUAAAGUCGUCCCAGCAUAUGCAGAAAUCUUCCCAAAUCUGCUGAACCAUGAUCCAUUCUACCCGACACCUGACGAGCUGUUGUCCAAAGUCAAGAUCGGCAAUAUCGAGUUCGAGGGCGAAAUGGAUCAUGACUCGGAUGGUUCUAAUCUCAUCCGUGCGCUACUGCUCAACGAAGAUCCACGACCGCUCUACUUGCAAGCAUGGGGUGGCACCAACACCAUCGCCCGUGCGUUGAAGUCAAUCGAGGAGCAGUACUCGGGCUCUCAGCAGUGGACGCAGACCAAGGACAUCGUCUCCCGGAGAGCUGUCAUCAUGGCGAGCGGGUUUCAGGACGAAACAUAUGCGAACUACAUCUCCGUUAACUGGCCACAGAUCCGCGUGGAGCAGUUGGGGGCCGGAUACAGUACGUGGGGCUACAACUGUAAUAAGGGCCAGGGCAACGUCCGUGGCUUACCAGACGCCCGCAUAUACUUUACCGGUGACUGGACUCAGGCGAACAUCGAAACAGGACCAUACGGGAGGCUCUACCGUUCCUGGCUCGACGGCCAGUCCAUGCCAGGGGACCCGAUGGACACUUUCGGGGAUCGAAAUACGGCGAACUUGUCAAGUUUUUGUAAGCCAUUGGGUCCGUAUGCCUUCCUGUCCGAGGGUGACAACGUGGCCUUUAACCCCUUACUUACAACCGGCAUUCAUGACCCGGCCAACCCAAGUCUCGGUGGUUGGGGCGGCCGAGCCAAGCAGAACAGCACCUCCCCGAACUUGUGGGAGUUGGUUGAAAGCGAGAAGAAUAGGACCGGGGCGGAGCUGAAUAGCUACACAACGGACCGCUGGGCUGCGGCCGUGCAGAACGACUUUGCGGCUCGUAUGCAGUGGACGCUGACACCGAAAUAUCAAGAGGCCAACCACGCACCCUCGGUGCAGAUCCUGAACGGAACCACCGUCCAAGCACAUCCUGGGGCCACUGUAACGCUGGCUGGUGCGGUUAGCGAUCCAGACGGCAGCACCGUCACCACCUCCUGGUGGCAGUACUUCGAAGAAGGCACAUACCCGGGCAGUGUGACUGUGACUGAGUCCGGUAACCAUCGGGCGGAUGUAACGAUCCCAGAUGAUGCCCAAACUGGCCAAAAUAUUUCGAUCAUUCUGCAAGGCACGGAUGAUGGGACAUUCCCACUGACCCGCUAUGGCCGCAUUUUUAUUCAUGUCAUAUAACCGAGUGAACUUGCAGUGGUAUGUCGCUACAAACUCUGGUAUUGAUCAAAGAAGAUAGGAAAGCUGCAGGCCUUUCUGUGUAUAUUCACGUGCGCAGCAAUAAUUGCUGAAGCAAUAAUUGCUGAGUACACUACAAUAAUUACCACUAUCCUUCACUGAUUCUCAGGUCUCAUUAGCACUAUCCCUUGGUAGCUGCAUCAGCACAGAAUGUACAUAUAUAACUACUCGCGGAGGUCGAUCUGCUUCCCGGCAAAAUACCGAUAUCUUCUCGCGCCCAGAACCCGAAGUUUCUUCCCGUACAUCAUAAGCAAAGCAUUGCCAAGAAGUAUGACGGUUAAAAUCACACUGAAUGUAAUGUAAAAGCCCGUCAAACCGGAGCUAGCAAUCCAGGGAGCCAAAGCAAAGACAAAGAUGGUCGAGAUGAGGUUGCGGAC